AUGAAUGCCACGCGGCCGCUUCUCGCCAGGGGCUUCCUGGCGCGGAGCAUAGACGAGCUGAAGCGCCGCUCCUCCAUUGCGUGGAAGCUCGAGGCCGUCAAAGGCCCACAAGGCUCCCGCCCCCUCUACGACUUUCGCGAUCAAGACUCUGUGCGCGACUGCAUCCUCAUGUCCGAUCACCUCAUCGGCGGCUCCUCCCAAAGCAGCCUCGACUUCGUCUCCUCCGCCGCCUCCGAAGACGCACCCUCACCCCCGACCUCGAGCGAAUCCCACUCCCCGCCCACGUCGUACGCCCGCUUCCAGGGCCUCAUAUCCACCUCGCUCCCCGCCGACCGCCCCAACAUCCAGCGCAGCGGCUACGCCGCCUUCCGCACCCCCGACCAGGCCCCGACCGUCUUCGGGCGGUCCAUGUGGGACAUUGACCCCUACACGUACCUGGCCAUGAGGAUCAAGUCGGACGGCCGGGCCUACUUCAUCAACCUACAAACAGAGGCCGUCGAGCCCACCGACCUGCACCAGCACCGCCUCUUCGCCAAGCGGCCCGGCCAGUGGGAGACGGUCAUGGUCAAGUGGAACGACUUUGUCCGCACAAACUACGGCUUCGUCGUCGAGCCGCAGACGGAGCUGCUGCGGCAAAAGGUGCGCAGCGUUGGCGUCGGCCUGACGGACCGCAUCGAGGGCCCCUUUGAGCUGUGCAUCGAGAGGGUGUGGGCGACCAACCAGGUCACCGAGGGAGCGACGGUUAUCAAGUCUGAGAAGAGCCAACUCAAGAACCGCAGAGGCGAACGGAUCCAGUGGUAG